AUGGUGUACUUGAGUAAUCCACAUGUGUACACUCCUAUACACGGUAUUAUUACUUUACUACAAUAUCAAAACAACUACCCCCAUGUUUCAUCUGGGGCUGGACCAUUAGCUUUCCAAGCAAGAAAUUUAUUAGGGAACAAGAUUCCCGACGUAUUUGUCCAUUAUUCUACAGCCAUUCAAUUCAAUUUGUUUGGUAGUUAUGCUCAACAUUAUGAUAUUGCACCAUCGAUAGCAUUUACAGUUCUAUACUCUAUUGUCACUGUUUUGUACAUUUUGCUUUUCAGUUUCAACUAUUCACGAGGGCAUUACUUUUGGCCAGGGAUUGGGUUUAUAAUUUAUGGUAUUUUCCGCGUAUUGGGAUUUGCAAUAAGAAUACAAUGGGUGCGUGAUCUUAGUAUCACUGGUGUUGGAGUUGCCAGUGAGGUGUUUUUGAUUUUACCACAGGUUUUGUUAACCAGUUUCAAUUUGAUUUUGGCACAACGAAUAUUCACAUGGAGACAUCCGGUUGGUGGAUCAAGAAAAUUGUUUUGGGGAUUCAUGCUUGCUUUGUAUGCUGUUGUUGCUGGGGUUAUUGCCAUGACAAUUGUUGCCGCCGCGGGAAUACAAGUCUACCUUUUGGGUGGGCCCAAUUACUAUAGGUACGUGAAGGUGGUACAAGCUUCAUCAAUCUUGAUCAUUCUUUAUUCAUUGACCUCCAUCUCUUUGAUUGGAUUGGCAUUCUUCUUCAAGCCAACCAGGAAAGAUGAGAAUUUGUAUACAUAUCAGCCAUGGUGGAUCAAAUCGUUUAGCCCACUUUAUUUCGUCAAAAAAGGUGAGCCACAAGAAGCAGGAGCGAGUUUCUUGAAAAGAAACCACAACCAUCGUUAUGCUAUUCGAGUUAUUGCUGCUACACAUCAUCAUUAUAGAACAGUUAAAGGUUUGAGUAACGAACGUGGUGAUUUAACGCACAAUGUAUCCAUGAUGAUCCUUGCCGUAACCACUUUGAUUAUUUUCCUAUCAUCGGUGUUAAGAGCCGUGUCAUGCUUUCAAGCACGCUUGGUAUACGAUGCCUCGCCCGUUGGCUCACCAGCAAUGAUGUAUGUGUUUUGGGGAGGCUUGGAGUUACUUGUUAAUGUAUUGUACUUGGUUGGAAGAGUAGAUUUGAGAUUCUACAGGCCAGACAGAUUACCCAAAUCGGUAAGGGAAAUUGUCACUGCUGAACAAUCAUUGUAUCCUUCAGAGAUCGAAAGCGAUGUGGAGGCAAAUUCAAUUGGAGAAGCUAGAGAAAAAUCUUCUGACGAGUCAUCAAGUUUUGAUAAUGAGGGAUCCGAGGAUGAAUUGAAUGAUUUCGAUUUUGGAAGCACCAAACGAAAUUCUCCAGGAUAUGAUGAUGACGAUGAUGAUUCUGAAGGGUUUGACUUUACUGGAAAUCACAAAUCAAAAAGUCAUAGUUUUAGGACCGUUGCACACCACGAAAAGCUGGAUGCCGAUUCCGAAUUCCGUUUCUAA